CAUUCCUGCAGAGUGAUCAGGUGACUGAUUUCGAGCUUUUCUAAAGCAAGCUAACUGUCUUCAAAACAUGGCGGCCGAUUGUAAUUCUCCUAAGAAACAUAAGUCGCCUCCUCCUCCGUCUUCCCCAAUUCCAUGGGCUCAGGUCGUCCGUGGUGAUUCCGAAGCAAAGGCUUCCUCUACUCCCCGUUCGCCGUCGAAUCCAUCGGAAAACAAUAAUGCUUUGCUGAAUAAAGAGAAUAAAUUUGAAAACAAAGCUGCAACUCUCCCCGUUAUAGGCGGGGAAGUCUCUUGGCCUGCCCUCUCCGAAUGUACACGCUCCAAUUCACCCAAAAUCGCCGCCUCUCUUCCCCAGGUUUCGCAGGAACCUGUUGUUCAACAAUCAUCUCAGAAACAACAUAAUCACAAUUCACACCCAAAUUCUAAUUCAAAGCAUUCAAUGGCUGGUCGGCAACGUUCAAUGAAACACCGGAGUGGUGCACCAGGUCAGGGUGGCUUUAGUCGGCAGCCACCGCUAUCUCCCUCGCCUCCGCCAUUUCCCAUCUUUGAGAUGCCAUAUGGGAAUCUUAUACCAGCUGUUAUGGACCCUUCAAUGGUAGGUCUAAGGCCAGCAGUUGGAGGGGUUGUGCAUUUACGACCUAAUUACUCUUCUCCAAAUAAUCUUCCUAGAAGAGAAAGUUCUGGUGCCCGUCCCCAUGGAGAUUGGACUUACAACCAGGGAAACAUGCACAAUCAUGGUCGGAGAGAUCCUCGGCAUGGAGGGUUCAUACCAUCCCCACCCCCUAGUUCUCCACCAUUUUUACCUCAAGCGGUUGGAUCUUUGGGCUGUCCAAUUGGUUUUGAUGUGGCAAGCCCUUUUAUGUCCUACAUCCCAACAUUGCAGGGCAUGCCUCCACCACCACCAUCAAUGAUAUAUCCUAUAGAUUUGUCUACUUCGCUACUUAAGCAGAUAGAUUAUUACUUCAGUGAUACUAACUUGGUCCAAGAUCAUUUUCUAAGAUCAAAAAUGGAUUCAGAAGGUUGGGUUCCCAUUAAUUUGAUUGCAAACUUUCCUCGAGUUAGGCAAUUGACAAAUAAUGUUCUGUUUAUUUUGAAUUGUUUGAAGGCUUCAAAAGUGGUUGAAGUACAGGGUGAGAGGAUAAGGAGACGUGAUAACUGGAAAAAAUGGAUACACUCCAGUUAAUCUACCACUAAAGUCCACUCUGAGAAGACCAAGAAGACCAAAA